AUGGGCGCCAAGGAGAGUGUUGAAGCAGCCGCGAAAAUGAAUGCAGACGGUUGGGGUCACGUAGAGCGCGGUAGUCGGUAUCACGCUCAUCGUCACAACCAACGUUCGCAGUCCUUGAAUCGCGGUCAAACGCUUUCACAAGCAGAUGUAAGCGGAAUGUGGUGACAUCGGGGUGCCUCAGGUAAAGCUGCAGGAGGUCAGGGCGGUUGUGCGAGCUGUGCCAUGGGUAACAAGUUGAGCUGCUCCUGUGCGCCAUUGAUG